AUGGAAGCAGCAACGGCAGCAACCCCUUCUCAGAGAAAGCUGAAGCGGAAACGAACCCUGGCACAAAGCGAUCCUGAACUCGACCGUCUCAACUCACUUCCGUGGAACUCCUCUCUUCCUCAAAAUGACGACGAUGACGUUUUCUCUAUGUUCAUUGGCUCCAACGAACUCGAAGGAGGUUUUCUUUCCCUUGAGGAGAUUGAUGAGGCUGAGUAUGGUUUGAAUAUUCCUGAACCUGAAGAUGGAAAGAGGAAGACGAAGAAGAAGAAGUCUGUACAGAAUGAAGAUGGAAAGAAACAGCAGAAGGACGGAGUUGAUGGUGGUUGUAGUGACGAGGUCGAAGCUGAGUUGGACGAGAGUGUGAAGGCGAAAGAGAAGAAUAAGAAGAAGAAGAAGAAGAAGAAGAAGGCGAAAAAGAAGGAUGCCACGGAAGACCAGAAAGUUGAGCAGCUAGAUGUUGGUUUAGAUGCUAAUGUGAAAGAUGGUAUAAGUGAAGAGGACAAUGAUGAAACUGAUUUUUUUGCAUGGAAUGAGUUGAGGCUUCAUCCUCUCCUAAUGAAAGCAAUAUGUAAACUUGGCUUCAAGGAACCAACACCGAUACAGAAGGCUUGCAUUCCAGCUGCUGCUCAUCAAGGGAAGGAUGUUGUUGGGGCUGCAGAGACAGGAUCUGGUAAAACACUUGCAUUUGGUUUGCCCAUUUUGCAGCGCAUUUUGGAGGAGAGAGACAAGGAUGCAAACAUGGUUGAAGAACCUGAAAAGUAUUCUUGUAAAGGCCUUUUGAGGGCUCUUAUUAUUGCUCCGACUAGAGAACUUGCACUUCAGGUCACUGAUCAUCUGAAAUCAGUUGGCAAAUAUAUUAAUGUUAGGGUGACCCCUAUAGUUGGGGGCAUUUUAGCUGAAAAGCAGGAGAGACUUUUAAAAGCAAAGCCUGAGAUUGUUGUUGGCACUCCGGGACGGUUAUGGGAACUUAUGUCAGCUGGAGAAAAGCAUCUAGUUGAGUUACAUUCACUCUCUUUCUUUGUCCUUGAUGAGGCUGAUCGGAUGGUGCAAAAUGGUCACUUUAAGGAGUUGCAGUCUAUAAUUGAUAUGCUUCCCAUGUCCAAUAUCUCCACUGAAGAUAAUUCUCAAAAUGUACAAAGUUGUGUUACAGUUUCUAGUUACCAAAGAAAGAAAAGGCAAACACUUGUUUUUUCCGCAACUGUUGCUCUGUCUGCUGAUUUUCGCAAGAAGCUAAAACGGGGAUCAAUUCAACAAAAACAAUCAUUGACAGAUGGAUUGAAUUCUAUUGAAACUCUUUCUGAGCGUGCAGGAAUGAGAUCCAAUGCAGCAAUUAUUGAUCUUACUAAUCCGUCUAUAUUAGCAGCUAAGCUUGAGGAGUCAUUUAUUGAAUGCAGAGAAGAAGAUAAAGAUGCGUAUUUGUAUUAUAUUUUGACUGUCCAUGGGCAAGGUCGCACAAUAGUUUUCUGCACAUCAAUUGCAGCUUUACGUCAUAUUUCUUCCAUACUGCGCAUUCUUGGAAUCGAUGUUUGGACUCUUCAUGCUCAAAUGCAGCAGCGAGCACGAUUAAAGGCCAUUGAUCGCUUUCGAGAAAAUGAAAAUGGCAUACUUGUUGCUACAGAUGUUGCUGCAAGGGGUCUUGAUAUUCCUGGUGUUAGAACUGUUGUCCACUAUCAGCUUCCACAUUCAGCAGAGGUUUAUGUUCAUAGAAGUGGAAGAACAGCCAGAGCCUCUGCUGAAGGUUGUAGUAUUGCUUUAAUAUCACCGAGAGAUACAACAAAGUUUGCUUCAUUGUGCAAGUCAUUUUCUAAGAACUCUUACUUGCCAGAGGUCCUAAAACGUUUGUCUCUUGCACGACAAAUAGACAAGAUAACAAGGAAGGAUUCCCAGGAAAAGGCUGAGAAAAGCUGGUUUGAUCGGAAUGCUAGCUCAGUGGAAUUAAUUACUGAAAAUUAUGACAGUGAAGAGGAACAAGAGCUCAAUAUGCUGAUUUCACGCCCAUUACAAUCAAAAUCAUUCUCACAUCGGUAUUUAGCAGGGGCUGGUGUCACACCCCUCAUGCAGGAGCAAUUGCAACAAUUAGCAAGGCAAAAAUUAAGUGAUCACCAAGGAAAAAAGGGAAAAUUGGUUGUGAUUGGUCAAGAUUGUGUGGAUGCACUUCAGGCACUUCGAUGUGCUGGUGAAGAGGUGCGCAUGGAUAUCAAGGAUAUGGCUGGAAAGCAGAGAAUUGUGGAAAAUUUAAAACGAAAGCGAAAAGAGGAGAAAAAACGUUUGCGUGAUCAGCGUAGAAAGCAGAAGAAAAAGCUAAAAUACGGGGAUGAAUAG